AUGAUCCUCAUUCUCUUCCGUCUUGUGUUCUUAUGCUUGUUACAGGUUUGGUCAUACGAAAACUGUAGCUAUGCGUUUAUGGGAGAGCAGGAUAGCUUUUAUUUCAACAAUCUAUCAGAUUUUUCGGACCCCAAUUUCGGGAACCGAGUACCCAUAGUACUUGAUUAUGCGAUUGGAACCCAAAGUUGUGCUGUAGCCAAUAACUCAAAUGCAUAUUUGUGCAACCCGAAUAAUACUUUGUGUACUGAUAAUACGGAUAGUGGCUCUGGAGGAUAUCUUUGUAGCUGCGAAAAUGGUUAUGAGGGCAAUCCUUAUCUGAGUCCUGGAUGCACAGAUAUUGAUGAAUGCGAAGAUCCCAACCUUAAUGACUGUGAUGGAAAUGCAACUUGCAUCAAUACUCCAGGAAAUUUUAGUUGCUCUUGUAAUGAUCAUUACUUUGGCGAUGGAAGAGGCGAUGGACGUGGGUGCACUCGUCAGGCCUCACAAAUCUCACUGAUUCUAGGAUUGAGCUUUGGUUUCUUGUCAUUACUGAUUGGUGUAACUUGGAUAUACUUCUGCAUCAAUAGAAGGAAGCUAAUCAAACUAAGAGAGCAAUUCUUCCAACAAAAUGGUGGCAUAUUGAUGAAACAAAAAAUUUCUUCAAUCGAUGGAACAAGGGCAGAGUCAUCAAAAAUCUUUACAGUCGAAGAGCUAAAGAAAGCCACUAACAACUAUGCUGAGAACCAAAUAAUUGGGCGUGGUGGAUACGGUGUGGUUUACAAGGGAAUUUUACCAGACCAACGCAUAGUCGCCAUCAAGAAGUCCAAAGUAAUGGAUGAGAACCAAGUAGAGCAGUUUAUCAAUGAGUUGUUGAUAGUAACACAAGUUAACCAUAGGAACGUUGUGAAACUCUUGGGGUGUUGUUUCGAAUCAGAGGUUCCCGAGCUUGUUUAUGAGUAUAUACCAAAUGGCACGCUAUUUGAACAUAUUCAUAAGCCAUUAUCUUGGUUAACGUUGGAGCAUCGAUUGAGAAUAGCUACAGAAGCAGCUGGUGCACUUUCCUACCUUCACUCUGCCGCAUCUAUUCCGAUCAUUCAUAGAGAUGUUAAGUCCACCAACAUAUUGUUAGAUGCUAAUAACGUGGCAAAAAUGGCAGAUUUUGGUGCUUCAAGAUUAGUCCCCUUGGACCAAACUCGAGUGGCUACAUUAGUACAAGGGACUUUAGGUUAUUUGGAUCCUGAGUACUUCCACACUGGCCAGUUAAACGAGAAGAGUGAUGUUUAUAGUUUCGGAGUGGUUCUAGCAGAAUUACUAACUGGGAAAAAGCCUAUUUGUCCUGAGAGGUCUCAAGAGGAAAGGAAUUUGGCGACCUACUUCAUUGUGUCAAUGAAGGAAAAUAGGUUGUGCCAAAUUUUAGAGCCUCAUGUGGAGAAGGAAGGGACCUUGGAGCAACUCCAAGCAAUUGCGGAGCUUGUGAAGAGGUGUCUUUGUGUGAAAAGUGAAGAGAGGCCUACAAUGAAAGAAGUGGUUGUGGAAUUAGAAAGUUUAAGGAAGUAUAAAAAGGAUCCAUGGGGAAAUCAACAAAGUUGUGAAGAGAGUGAAAGUUUGCUGAGCAGUGACGAAGCACCAACAAACAUUUACGCUUUAUCAAUAGGUCCUUCUACUGGUGACAUAUCUGGGCAUUACAGUGUCGGUAGCAGCACGACACCUCCGCUUGGUAAGUCGUUCUACUAGGGCUGGUGACAUCUUGCACAAUGGGUAUGCGAAGGUAAUGUGUCGGGCUUUCUAAUAGCAUUGUGGGGUCCCAUAGAGAAAAACGCUUUGCAAUUAUGCAGUGGUCAAUUGUUAAAGUAGAAUAUUGUUCUUCGUUUGGGUCUGAAUUGUUUGUGAAUUCAUUUUCUGGGUCUGUCUCAUGACUUUUCUUGUUUUCUAGUAAAUUAUGGUCU